UGGACAUACUCGAUAAUUGAACAUCUUCAUUCUCAACAGCACAAUCUUGGGGUAUUCGAGAAUAGCCAUCUGUUCAGUUCGAUAAAUUUUGAAAAGCUUUGGAGCUCGAGAAAUGAGUAACAAUCAAGACGAAAGCGACGAAGAGAGCUGUAGAAAGCGCCUUACAGUUCCUAGCGGCUUUAGAAACCUACUUGAAAAUCUCACCUUGGAAAUUUUGCGGUCGAACCCAAGUGACAUUUACAAAUUUGCGGCUGAGUAUUUUAAAUCAAGGUUGCAGGAAAGACAAGGUAGGCGUGUACAAUACUGUUGUUAUAUCUGUAAUCGUAUUUGUAGGACUUGUAGUUUAAGAAUGAAGAGUCGGUCGCUCGAGGUACAAGACAAGCGCUUGGAUUUUCGCGAGGUCUUUAUCAAUAACACAGUUACUCAAACAUGCGUCACUCGGCGCUGUUCACACUUCCAAAAACAACAUUCGAUCUGAUUUUGUUUCCUUCCAAGUUUUAGUACCACGUGUAUCGAAACAAGAUUUCAUAUUUGCCCCCUAUCCUUCUGAAAAUCAAUAGUACAGUUUUCUCAAAAGCUUUCAAACAUGGAAAGUCCUAUCAGUUUUUACAUCAGUUGUCCUCUCAGCUGCUCCGUUGACUAUUUUUAAAGGACUAUCCAGGGUGAUCGGUUUUGUUGAUGUUUUCUUGCGAGUUACAACAUAUUUUAAAGCAAAAAGUGGCAUUUGAUCACCUUGUCAAUCCUUGUAAUUUUGAACGUUAAAUACGGCUUCAGUCUUGUUGAAUGAAAUUGUCAAGACAGUACAGGAGCAAUCGACACGUCGAAUGAUAAUGAAUGAGUCGCCCCUACUGGGCCAAUUUCCAUGUCAGGGUAAUUUUCGGUUCAUUAAGAAAAUCAAACGAGUUUCUCUAAAUUGAAAAUUAUACAUUAUAUUUUAAACUUCGUCAUGAAUGAAGUCAAUAAGAACUUGCCGAAGUUCUUGCGAAGUGUGACUGCCUAUUUAUUUUGAGUCCUUAAGAGAAACACUGUGGUCCAUUGUGACUGACGAAAGUGUGGUUUUUCAGCUGUCCCCGACAAUGUUUACAUCUCUUAGUCAGUGUUUUGCAAAGUAAAUUGGACUUUCGAUGUACGUUAGGGUUAAAUAAAUGCAGAUUUGUGUUAUAAAAUACUUUUAUUUUCACUUUUGAAUUUCCUUUGAAUCGUCAGCACAAAUUAUGGUUUUUCUUCCACGAACUCAAACGUUUAUCAUGAUCAUAACUACUGUACUUUUUGUAGGUUUACAUUACUUUAAUUCCAUACCGACUGGGCUUUAGAAGAAGGGAACAGCUAAGCCCACGUUGAUAUAAUAAGAAAGAAGCCUAUAAAAAUAAUAAUAAUAAAAAAACUGGUAUAACUUAAAACCGGAAUAAAAAAAGAAAGAAAAAUUAGUAAUCCGCAGAAAUUAACUCCACGGUCAAAUUUAAUUUAUAUCGGUUUCAAGUAAAAACGUUUUGACUGUAGAUAUUGACAGUAUUGACUGUGGGAAAAAGGGACCCUGUAAAAGACAGGGAUCAAAUCCGGGGAUCACAUUUAUUAAUUGACCAUAUAUUAAAGAGAGCGAGAUCUGAGGAAAUUGUAUUUUUUUUUCUGAUGUUGUUUCGCCUUAUUUCGGCUUAGAUAAAUACAACAAAUCUGAAUGCAAUUUAGUUAAGAAUCGCAACUUUUAACUUAUUUCCAAGACGAAAAACCAGUUACAGCAACUAAUUAGUUCAAGCAAAAUGCCGGUCAUUUCCGUAAUUGUCAAUCCUACUAUGUAACUCGAUUUUUGAAGGGUAGGUUAACCACGUUUUCACUACCCUGCGAGCAGAGUCUCCUUCGAUCUUAUCUAGGAAGAUCGACGGAGACUGUGCUCGCAGGGUACGUUUUCACCAAGGAUUAUAGUCAAAAUGCGAUCAAAGAGGUUUGCUCUCAUUGCAGUGAAACUACUGUUUUAAUGUUGAAGACAAGAAGAUGGUUUAGAUUUUGAAAUAUUUGUUUUAACCUUUCGUUUUGCAACUGCUGAUAACGGUAUAUUUUUGGCUAUCUAACGGGGUAUCGGAGAUUGAGUGGUUGCUGAAUAUUGUUUAAAUAGAUGUUUAACACUGCAAUGUUCCUAAUGAUUUACUGAAAUGCAAAUUCUUUUUUUUAACCAUAAAAUUACUUAUCAGUUAUUCACCAUUUGCACAUCUCCCAAAACAUACCUUAUUUGCACCCCAUAAUUUUGCAUAAGCAUUGUUUUACAUAUCUCUCGGGACCACUGUAAUACCCUAUCGAUACAUCCAAAAGAGUAUCGAAUAGAAUUUCCGAGAAUUUUCUUCUUAAAAAUGGAUUUAGAUGCAUCUCUCCAGUCAGAAGGAAUUAGGUUCGAUACUUUUGCUCCAGUUCUUGAAAAUGAGCGUUUGAAAAUUUGCAACCUACAGCGAAAUUCGCCGCCAUUUAAGUGAUGAAGGACCAAAAAGGAGGUUUUUUUUGCGCCGGAAAUGCUCCAAAAAUCAACGGAAAAGAAAUGGAGAAAAAAAACUAAGAGCGAGAAGAAAGGGAAAAAAAGGAAUGUAUGGUUGCUUUUUAAAUUGGCUUUACUUUGGAAACGAGAAGGAAGCUUUCGAAAAGACGUCUGGGACUAUUUCUAAGGACAGGGGAAAAAAUUGGCCAAUAGCUGACCGACGCGUCCCCAGUAGCGAUCCCAGAAAUAAUAGCGGGACGCAUCUCGGCUCCAGUCCCCUUCUCGUAUCUAAAGUGGCGAUUUCCCCGAAGAGGUCAGGAUGUGCCCGACGAAAUAUUGGAAAGAAAAAGCCUAAGCUCAUUGCUGUACAACCAGCCUUGCUUUUUUACUGUUUGUUUACAGAAAUGAAAAUUUGCUGAUUAGAUCCAGCAGGAUCUGCACCUUUGUUUUGUACGUUGACCCUCGCUACUUGUGACAAUAUCACCACCGCAUGCAACCUUAUCCUGCUUGCUGUUCAGGUUACGUCUUCACGGAAACUGCCUCAGUGUUGUCUUUAAAAAAUAACUAAAAUAUCGAAAGAAGUAUCUGAAUAGUUUCUACCAUUUUUAACUUGGUGGUGGGUCUGCCCUAUUGAUCUUUUUUUGACACUCGAUUCAGAAUGGUUCUUAAUCCCCAUAAAAAGGAGGAAAAAACCCGCGAAAAUUGAAGACUUGAUGAUCGUUCCGCAGCAGAUGGAAACUCUCUCUGACCACCACUCAUUUCAUCUAUAAAUAACGUUUAGCUUUUAACUCCAUGAAAGUGCUUUGUUUAAACUUUUCUUUUUAAACAUUUUUUUAACGCAGAGCGAGGAUUUGAUGAUUGCCUUUUGGGGUCACAAAUAGAUGGAUAUUAUCGCUACGAACCGUUUGGAAGCAAGCAAGAGAGUCUUGAUAAAGCGGCCACGAAAAUUCAAUCUACUUUCCGUGGCCACAGGGCAAGGCAAGAGAUUCGAAAAGGCAACGCCGCAUCCGAAGAAAACGAGGCAGAAAAAACCCAGGGGGUGGUCGAUGGUUUUGGCGGGAAACAAUACGGCAGUGAGGAACACGCGGCUGCCGUUCAGAUACAAGCUGGUUGCCGUGGUUACAUUACUCGUAAAGAGCUGAAGAUGCGAGACGAGGCCGCGAUCAAAAUUCAAGCUGGUUAUCGAGGUUACGCGGUCCGGAAAGGGUUGAAACAGAGUUCCGAAAGGUCAAACUUGGAUAGAAUCGACGAAGAAGUUCCAAAGGCUAAUGAGGGCAAUGAGGAGUUAGUGAGUAAUGAAGAGGUAGAAGCCACGGCUAUUAAAAUUCAGUCCGCAUUCAGGGGCCAUCGAACAAGGGAAGCAGUGCUCAGUAAAAAAGAAAAGGAAGAGAACGCUACUGACACCAAAGAGGAAGGCAACAGAGUGACAGAAAGGGAGCCUGAUCUGGCUGCUAUUAAAAUCCAGUCAAGCUAUCGUGGUUACCACACUAGAAAACAGAUACAAGAAAGGGGGGAAGCAGCCACGAAAAUUCAAGCUUAUUACAAAGGUUACAGGGUCCGAGGGCUUCGUCGUGCGCAGUCGGAAGCUGCCGUCAAGAUACAAAGUUACUACCGAGGAUAUAAGACAAGAGAACAGUUUAAAAAGAGUUAUUCCUCGAAAAACUUCCUGGCCGUUUCAAACGACGAUGAGUUUGCCCUUCACAGGGACAGUCGAACAUCGUUCAGUCUUCCCGAAGGCGUGAAAUUUGAGGGAACCCUUGACGAGGACAGCGACUCGGAGAUCGAUAAGAUGGUGGGUCAGUUGGAAGAAAAGCAGAAAUUGAAAGCAAUCGAAGAAGCUUCAAGUCCCGAUGCUGCAACGAAAGACAAGGGCGGUGAAGAUAAACCAACUGCUGAUUCAUAAAAUGAUAAUGAAUGAUACAAUGGGUUUCAGGGAUUUCAUUCGUAGACAAAAACUUAUGAACCACCUUGAAUAGCAUUAAUUACAACAAGGAAUUAACUGCUAAUACAGUAGUCUCAAAGCAAGCUACAAACGUUUACUUGGAACACUUCGUGGUGGC